AUGGUAUAUUUAUUUGAUGUCCCCGCUUAUUUCAUCCUUUUACGAGAAACUCUUGAGGUCACAAUUAUCCUUGCCGUACUGCUUGGGUUUAUUGAUAAGCUUGUCCCAGAAAAAGAUGUCGCAAUGAGAAGAACUCUUAAACUUGUUUUUUAUACUGUUGCAAAAAAUUUAUGGGAAGAAAACGGAGCAGCAUGGGAGGGUUCAUUUGCUUUUAUUGCUUCUGUUGUAAUUACUUUUAUGGCUUUAAGUAUGGCUAGAGUUCAACAAUGGAGAAAAAAAUGGGAAAGAAAACUCGAAGAAGCAACUGAAAGUUAUUUGAGAAAGCACCAAACUGGUAACAGAUGGGCAUUGAUUUUGUUGCCAUUUACAGUUAUAUGUCGUGAAGCUGUCGAAACUUUUGUGUUCAUAGGAGGCGGUUCAUUUGCUUUUAUUGCUUCUGUUGUAAUUACUUUUAUGGCUUUAAGUAUGGCUAGAGUUCAACAAUGGAGAAAAAAAUGGGAAAGAAAACUCGAAGAAGCAACUGAAAGUUAUUUGAGAAAGCACCAAACUGGUAACAGAUGGGCAUUGAUUUUGUUGCCAUUUACAGUUAUAUGUCGUGAAGCUGUCGAAACUUUUGUGUUCAUAGGAGGCAUCGGAUUUGAUAGACCUGCAUCAGAUUUACCAAUUCCAGCAAUUCUUGGGCUUUUGACAGGAUUCAUUGUUGGGUGGAUUCUUUACAAAGGAUCUCACAAACUAUCAAUAAAUAUUUUUUUUUCAGUUACUUCGGCAUUUCUUCUUUUCAUAGCAGCUGGUCUAUUUUCAUAUUCAAUCCAUGAAUUCCAAGAAGCAACUGGAACAGAGGAAGUCCAGCUAUGGUUUGCAUCAUGUUGUAAUGAAAAGACUAAUGAAUUCUGGGGAAUUAUGAAAACAAUAUUUGGAUGGCGUGCAAAAGCAACAGUUGGUACAACAGCUGGUUAUUUUAGUUAUUGGGCAUUUGUGCUCGUUGCGAUUUCGAUAAUUUAUUUUGUUGGCAAGAGAAAUGAUGCAAAAGAAUUGGAUGAGGGACGAGAUCCUGAAAUCGGUGAAAAAAAACCUGAUCAUGAGGUUGUAGAUAAGCCUGAUAAUGUUUAA